AUGGCCCAAGAGGAGCCUGCAAAUGGCAGCUCAAGAGCAGUUUAUGAAAGAACGCAGUCGCAACCUGAGAAUCCCUUUGCUACCUUGAUACCGGAUCAACAGAUAGCAAUUAUUCCACAAUUUACUCUGGAAUCCGGCAUCACCCUUCACAAUGUCCCGGUAGCUUACACAACACGAGGAAAGCUCAAUGACACUGGCGAUAAUGCCAUGGUUAUAUGCCACGCUCUCACAGGCAGUGCCGAUGUGAGCGACUGGUGGGGGCCUUUGCUUGGAGGCCCAGGACGAGUAUUUGAUACUUCGAGAUUCUUCAUAGUUUGUAUGAACAGUCUGGGCAGUCCAUAUGGUACCGCCAGUCCUGUAACAGCGAAGGAUGGUGACGUGUCCAAGGGCAACUAUGGGCCAGAAUUCCCACUUACAACCAUCCGUGACGAUGUUAAUCUGCACAAGCUCCUUUUGGAUGAAUUAGGGGUGAAGCAAAUUGCUGCUGUCAUCGGCGGGUCCUUGGGAGGCAUGUUUGUUCUAGAAUGGGCCUAUUUUGGCAAGGACUAUAUUCGAUGCAUUGUGCCUAUCGCCACGUCCAGCCGACACAGUGCAUGGGGUAUCAGUUGGGGCGAAGCACAACGACAAAGCAUCUACGCCGACCCCAAAUACGACGAUGGAUAUUAUCCCUUUGACGACCCUCCAGCGACCGGGCUAGGCGCAGCUCGCAUGGCUGCAUUGCUGACAUAUCGAAGCCGCAACUCUUUUGAAUCCCGAUUCGGGCGCAACAUCCCUGAUCCAUCCAAAGUUCAAACCAUUCGCGAGCGACCGAGACCAAGUACUCCCUCAGAAGCGCAUUUUCAUAUUCACAACGAUGGACACAACAUCAAGCGGACGAGCAUCUCGCGUCAGGCCAGUGGGUCACCGAGUAGCAAACCUGCCACGCCUCCCCCAACAGAGUCACUGGACCCCCAGUUCCAUGGGCCGCAGAGAAAUGGGGGCGAGGGCAACGAGAGUCUGACGGGGGGAGAGAACCUGCCGCAGUCAAAGUACUUCUCAGCACAGUCGUACCUACGGUAUCAGGGCACCAAGUUCGUCAAACGAUUCGACAGUAACUGCUACAUUGCCAUGACUCGCAAGCUCGACACUCACGACGUAUCGAGAGGUCGGACAAACACUAUCGGGGAAGCUUUGGCUUUGAUUGAGCAACCAACGCUGGUUCUUGGCAUUGAAAGCGACGGUUUAUUCACUUUUGCUGAGCAAGAAGAGAUUGCUGAGCAUGUCAAGUACGCUCGACUCGAAAGAAUUGAGAGUCCUGAAGGCCACGACGCCUUCCUCUUGCAGUUUGAGCAGGUGAACAAGUACAUCUUGGGAUUUCUCAAAGAAGUUCUCCCUGAUAUUAUGAACAAGGAGGGUACUGCACCAGAGGAAGCUGGCGUAGGCGAGUUGACAAAGUCUAGUACAUUUGGAGAGGCAGAAGUGGAAGACAUAACGGCGUGGUAG